CUGUGAAAUAUAAAACGCAUCCUGAAGCCACAUAUACAAGUAGGUUACUUAAUUUUAAUAAUCUUCCUGAACCAAAAAAUUCAGUUGAUUAUUAUAAACAAUACAAUGAUAUAUCAUGUAUGAAAUAUUCAGAAUCUUUAAAUAUUGAUUUUACUGAAUUGAAAAUCAAUGGUUCAGACAAAAUGGAAAUUGCUCUUGCUCAAGUUCAGUCAACUACCGAAAAUUUUAUUAUAAAU